AUGUUAGCAAAUGCGACAGGGCUUUUCUCGCUCGGAUAUCUAGAAAAGUUGGUCAAGUGGGAUUCACGAGCAGGCUUACUUGUGUGGCUAGCUUGCCGGGGAACAGGAGUUCUGGUGUUCACAAUUGGAGUGUACUUGCACAGUCUUCCAUGCCUCUUGGGCGGCCAAGUCUUCCAAGGACUGGCUUCAGAUAACCUCCUGCAUUUCAACUUAAACUCCAUAUACACUCAUGCUGACACCACGGAGCACGUUUCUACCCUUAUGGGCACUUCACUUGCAUUGUAUAUGUUGGGGAUGGCCAUCGGACCAGCAGGAGCGGGUCUCUUUCCAUCCUUCCAGUGGAGUUUCUUCGCCGCAAUCGGCUUAUUUAGCAUAGCAAUUGCAUACGUACUAGCGAUAAUCUCCUACCACCAAGUCGAAGACAACCAGGUUAAUGAGAGCUAUGGCGAACGCGGUGCUGGUCAGGCUGAAACUUCAGCGGACAGUGAGACUGAGCCCGAAGGUUUUGUCGCGUUCCUCUCCCCUGUUCGCCUGUUUCACGACCAUCCCAGAGCAAUUCUGCAAGGCCUGUCCCUAUUCCUUUAUAAUAUGGCACAGGCAUACGAGAUAAACUUGAUAUUCGUUUUCGCUUCUGUUCAAUUCGGGUUUACGGCUAAGGAGAAUGGCAUCUUGCUGUCCUUGGUUGCGGUAGUGGCGGCGACGUACCUGCUAUCGUCAGUAUUCAUCAUUCCAAAGCUCGUUAAUUGCAUUCGAUCUGUCGUUUGGAAAUGGCAGAGCAAAUCCCCAUUCUUUUCAAGCUCGGAUGCAACGACCCCCCCACAGAAACGGGCCAGGAAAGGUAGAUCUUUUGAUCUUGGUGCGGCGGCGACCUCUAUACUCAUUCAGGCCACAGCUGCUAUAUUGCUGUCUAACGUGCAUCGCCCGAGCCAAUUAUACGCAGGUGCGGCGUUAACAGCACUUGGUUUCGCUGCACCAUCUUUCAUCAAAAGUUAUUUUGUAGCGUCCUUGCCAGACGCUACACGAGGAGUGGCAGGUCUUGCACUGAUGGAAACAAGUGGGGGACUGCUUAGUCCUAUGGUACUGGGUAUGUGGCAGGCAAGUCGCCCGGACAGCUCGGUCUUCUAUGUUGCUUCUGCACUUUUGGGCGCGUCGUUUGUGUUGUUACUUGUUGGCGCGUAUGCCAUGAACGGGAAACGCGGAGAGCACAGGCCAUCGGCAUAG